AUGGCAGAAACAGUACAAUUUUAUCUUGAACAAAUGGUACCCGAGCUCGAAGAUUUGGAAAGAAAAGAAUUAUUUUCUAAUGCUGAAAUCAAAAAUAUUGUCAAAAAGAGAACACAUUUUGAAUAUGCUCUUAAAAGAAGACCAACUAGAAAAAUAGAUUUUGUGAAUUAUAUAGAAUAUGAAAAGGAUUUAGAACAACAACGUAGAAAAAGAAAACAACGUUUUGGUAUAAAAGGAAAAAUAUCGCUAUCAGAUUAUUCAUUAACACGAAGAAUAUUUAAUCUUUAUAAUCGAGCAAUUACAAAAUUUCACGGUGAUAUAGAAUUAUGGUUACAAUAUAUAGAAUUUGCUAAAUCUGUUGGCGCAACAAAGUUGAUUGGUAAGAUCUUUGGAAGUGCUGUACAAACACAUCCUACCAAACCCAUUUUUUGGAUUCUUGCAGCAAAAUGGGAAUUCGAAGAAAAUGCUAAUAUAUCUGCCUCUAGAGUUUUAAUGCAACGAGGUCUUCGUUUUAAUCCAGAAACAAUUCAAUUUUGGCAUGAAUAUUUUAAGUUGGAAUUAAUGUAUAUUGAAAAAAUAAAGAAGCGUCGUAGAAUCUUAGGAAUCUCAUCUAACAUACUGUCAGAAGAUGAAAAUUCAGAUAUGCAUCUUGAUAAAGAUCAAAUAAAUUCAUUAAAGGAAGAUAACAAUAGAGUGUUGCAAGGUCAUGUUUAUUUAGAUAUUCCAAAUAAUCUAAGCUUUCGUCAACAAUUUAUUAAUAUAACACGUGAAUUUACUGACGUUGAAAAAAUUCAAAAUGAGAUUUACUCGAGCAUUGAUAAAGACUUUGGGAAUGAUCCACAAGCUCAAACUUAUAUUGCUGAGAGACAUGUAUCAGAUAUUUUAGAAAUUGAUGAUAGUGUAGAAUUCAUGUCUGCCAUAGAAAAGAGUAUUAAUGAUUUUGAUAAAUAUAUUCAGACUUCAAAAAAUAAGGAAAUCGUGUAUUUAUAUACUCAAUUUAUGAGGAAAUAUAUAGAUAAAGUUUCUAAAUUACCCAAUAUACACGUGUAUCUUACAGAUAAAUUAAUUGAAAUUUACAAAUUUGCCAAUGAAUCAAAUUUAGCAUCAGAGAAAUUGUAUAUUGAUUGGAUUGAUUGGAUGUUGUUGCCAGAAAGUCGAAAAGAACCCGAAUUGAAACAAAUUGCCAAAAGAAGUACUGAUAUUUAUCCUAAUUGCGCAGAACUUUGGAAUAUGAGAAUCAGGAUUAAUGAUAACAUGUCAUUUGAAGAAGAAAAUCAAGAUUUUUCAACAGAAAAAUUGUAUGAAAUUUCCAUGAAAAAGAAUCCAAUUUCUUCAGUAUUAUGGGAUUCCUAUCUUAAUUGGAUUCAUAAUUCAUGGAAAAAUAGAAAUAUAAGCGAUAACGAUAUGGAAAAUCUUUUAAUGUCAUCAACUCUUAAAAUAUCAUCUAUGCCAUUUGUUAUAGGUGGCAUUGAAAAAGUUCGUGCAUUAUAUAAAAGAGAAAACACAUACAGAUUCAUCUAG